AUGCCGGUCUCUUUCGCACACGCUCAUCCCCCGCAGAGAAUGGCCGAGCAACAUAGGCAUGAAGCCAUCGAGGAACUUCUCCACAGGCUUGAUAUCGGCCUAGAACUAGCGGGCUUGUCCGGGAAAGCGACUUUUACAGAUGUAUAUCUCCCCAUGGUUCGACGUUCCCAUCUUACCGGUAAGGCCAGAACGGAGUACAACUUCAAGAUAGCCCUCGAGAGUUUGAUCCUAGAUCAGAUUGUGGACCAAUUCGAAGACUGGCUACGCCAAGAGAAUGAGAUUGUGGCCAAGUGGACUAUCACCUCGCUUCUGGGCUGCUUCCUCUCGGCUAAGGUGGUUCGCCGAUUUGAUGUUGACAUGUGCGAGCUUAUUGAGGCCAUGGCCAACGUCUACUUUGUCGACAACCUGCGUACGUGUGCGGAGACAUUCACAUGGUUCUCGUCCUCGGCAUACGGUCUCCAAACCAUGCUGUAUAACUUUCUUCGCACUCGGGACUGCUUCUGUCACACCUUCCCGUUCCCUAGUGUGGAGAUACGCUUCGAUUUUCCUGCGACCGACUCCCUCUGCAUAGUGGGCGAAGUGAUGUGGCAGCCUCCACCCGUAUACUUCGACGAUAUUCCUUCCGCGCUGCACGCUGGGGCUGAAUAUCGAAUCACUUGCAGCCUCAGGCAGCUGGAUUUCGAAGACCGUCUCGGUCUCCCCAACUUCCCGAUCACCUAUAUAUAUUCUGUCUCGGCUUCGGAAUACCUCCCGCUGGCCUGGGAUGCGGAUAAGGGCUGUUUUCGUGGCAUUGUGCCGACGUCCCGGGACCUACCAGUCAAGACAACCGUCACUGCUUCUGUAACGAGCUUCUUCCCGGGAAAUGUUCGGUUCGAAGCAAUCGCCCGAUACGUCUUGGUCCUUGAUGUUCUGCCCAAGGCCUCCCCACACUCGGACUGA